AUGCACGUUCCUGCAUCAAUGAUGAUUGGAAAACUCAUAUCUGGCAUCUUCAUUGUCGCCAUCAUGGGCUACGUCGAAUCGAUCGCCAUUGCCAAGGCUUUUGCUCGGAAAAAUAAUUACAAAGUCGACCCUGGACAAGAACUCUACGCGAUCGGAGUCGCGUCAGUCAUUGCUAGUUUCUUCCAUAGCUAUCCGAUAACAGGUUCCUUUUCACGAACUGCUGUCAACGCUGCUUCGGGUGUUCAAACACCAGCUGGUGGAAUCAUAACCGGCGUUGUUGUUCUCAUUGCGACCCAAUACCUCACUCCAAUUUUCAAAUACGUUCCCUCAGCCGCUCUUGCCUCGGUCAUUAUGUUAUCCGCAAUCAGUAUGUUCGACACCGACGGAAUCAAGCACGCGUACCACGUGAAUAAAAUGGAUCUUAUUCCUCUCUUUGUCACCUUUGGUGUUUGUUUCUACGAGAUCGCCAUCGGAAUCGCGGCUGGCUUGAUGGUUUCUAUUGCUAUCGUCUUGUACCCUCAUGCUAGGCCUAAGUUGGAAAAAGACAAUGUUGAUGGUGGAAAAGGUUGCAUCAUCAAAUUAGACAGAGGCUUCGAUUUUCCUGGCGCUGAGUAUUUGGAAGAUACGCUCAUCGCUGCGGCUACUUAUGGCGGAUACAAAUGGAUUGUUUGCGACCUUUCAAAGAUCUCCCAUUUGGAUCUCGGUGCCGUAGAUGCCCUGCACACAGCGGCGCAACAAUGCAAGAGGAAGAAUGUCUGCCUCCGAAUCGUACUACCUCAAGAAGAUCUCCACAAAAAACUUAUCGCUGGCGGCGUUGAUCGGGAAACGAUGUCGCUCACUUUGGGAAGUGCCUUGGUUCAAGUUGGAAAACAAACGAAAGGCAGUCCCGAGCAACACAAACGAACAGUCAAAAGUCUAGAUCAAGAUUCUUCACAGAAGACGACUGAUUUAUCGGUCAGUGACGAGCGAGAUCUCCGGCCACGCAAGAAUCUCUUCGUGGAAGGCCCUAUCCUUGGCGAAGCCACUGUUUAG